AUGGCGACUCCAUGCAUCUCCUGCGCCCCGCAACCCUCUCCUUCCUGGCAUACUCCAUGCAUCUCCUGCGCCCCGCAACCCUCUCCUUCCUGGCAUAGCAGGAGCAGGAGCAAGGAUGCCGAGGCGGUUCAGUCGCGAGGAAGAGUAGGAAGAUCAGGCAGAGAGGGUUUCACACACCUCUUCUACACUGACAAGUCUUUGCUUUUCAGGAUUGCCAUGGGAGCUUUGGAUGGUGGUCUUGAUCUUCCGCACAGUGAUAAGAGAUUUGCUGGCUUCAAGAAGGAUAAGAAGCAGCUGGGCGCUGAGAUUCACCUCAAAUACAUCUAUGAAGGUCAUGUUGCUGACUGCAUGAAGUCAAUAGCUGAUGAGGAACCUAAGAAGUACCAAUCUCGCUUCAGUGAGUACAUCAAGAACUGA